UCAGAAGAGGUUGUUGAACAGAGACAAAAUCCGAGAAGAGCAGAGGCAGAUUCACUGACUGCAGUAAGUCUUUUUAUUCAGUUUUGGUUUCCCCCCUCCUAGAUUUUGAGCUUCUGCAACCGAUAUUUUUAUGGACUUAAAGACAGAACACGGAUUCCUUCUGCUACUUAUUGAGACUCAAAUAUGAUGGACUGCAACAUAUCGACUAAUUAAACACUCAGCUAAUUAACAAGAUACUAAGUACAGUGGUUCUGCUGAAAAAUUCAUCUAAGCUCAGCACAGGCAAAAAAUGAGCCCCAUGACUGCUGCCCUCUGGGCGGCGGUCAUGUUGACGAGACUCCAGCAGAUUUCUUCAUCACCUGACAGCACCGUAGACCGCUCAUCCAAAAACCUCUCCUCAGUCCCAAGAGACCUGCCACAGAAGGUUGAGAUUUUAGACCUUUCCUGCAACCACAUACAGCAACUUCACCGAGGAGACUUUAAAAACACCACUCUCCUGAGGUUCCUAAAUGUGUCAUGGAAUACUUUGGAGGAGAUCGAUCCAGAGACAUUCCUCGACACACCACUCCUGGAGGACCUGGACCUGUCGCACAACAGGCUGAAGAACCUGUCGGGUCAGCAGUACCUGCUACACACAGGGAACCUUCAGUUGCUAAAUCUGGCCUGUAACAAGUUUCUCACGAUGACACUUGGGAGUGUGUUCACGUCCCUGGUAAAACUGAAGAGAUUAGCACUCGGAGCAAAAAACAUCAGUAUUGGGGAUUUCAAGAAUUUAGCUGAAGUGAAACUAUGCCAACUGACCCUUUGCCUGGGGGAUGAACUGGAUUAUGAGGCAGGCAGCCUCGAGGAUGUACACGCUCAGAGGCUUCAGAUAGCCCUCACUAGCAAUCAAAUAAUAGAGCGCGCUCUGGUUGCUGAUGCUCUGUCACUCUUUUCUGAAGUGGAGUUGAUGAAUUUGAACGGUGGCUACAGGGAACUAAGUGAGCAGCUGAGUGAGAGACUAGAAAUCCGCACUUCUCAUCUUUAUCUCACCAACAUAUCAAUUAAAUGGCAGGAUCUAACUCACUAUGUGAAUGUGACUCUGCGUACAUCUAUUACCCAUCUGGGCACUUCUGAUGUGGCCAUGUACAAUUUGCCGUAUGAUGACAGUUAUCUGCCCCGGAGAUCUAAAAUGAAGUCCUUUUCAGCCAGGAGGGCAGUGGUGAAAUCUUUCUUCUUUUCACAGGAGGCUGUGUACAAUUUUUUUAUCAAUAUGCCAGUGGAGAGUGUGGCAAUCCGGGAGACUUCAAUCAUACACAUGACAUGCCCAAAGUCACAGAGUCCAAUCCUUCAGCUGGACUUUUCCUGUUGUGCUCUGUAUGACACCAUCUUCUCCAGAGUGGAGGGUGAAGAGACUGUUGAAUGUGAGACUCUUGGUAAUGUGACGAAAUUGAUUCUGGUCGACAACAAUCUGAAGAGUCUUCAGUUGCUGAGCAAACGUGUGCAAUACAUGAAGUCCCUGCAACAUCUGGACCUCAGCCUCAACUCCUUGGUUUAUGACGGUCUGGAAGUGUGUGUCUGGCCACCGAACAUCACCAAUAUGAAUCUGUCUUCUAAUCGUCUGAAAGACUCAGUUUUUAAAUGUCUACCAAAAAGAACAGAGACACUGGACCUCCAGAACAACCAGGUGUCUGUGGUACCAUCAUCCAUCUUGAAACUGGAAAACCUUUCAUCUCUGAAUCUGAAUGCUAACAGGCUGCGGGACCUGCCUGUAUGUAAUGGUUUCCCCAUACUGAAUGAGCUUCUGCUUAGGUCAAAUUCCCUCCAUGCCCCAUCUGUGAACAGGCUGGAGAGCUGCCCCAAACUGAAAACCCUGGAUGUCAGUUACAACCCCUUCACUUGCACCUGCGCUCUGAGGAGUUUCAUAAGUCUUGGCAUCAAAUCUGAAAAUAACAGUCACACAGGAAUUGAAUUGUUGAGCUGGCCGUUGGAGUAUUACUGCACCUACCCAGAGGAUGUCAGAGACUCUACCUUGAAAGACAUCUGGAUCCCUGAGGUCUCCUGUGAUGUUGGCAUUCUCACCGCCACUAUCUUGUGCCCAGCAGUGGUACUGAUUGUGGCAGUUGUGACCCUGUGCCACCGUUUGGAUGUUCCCUGGUACACGCGCAUGAUCUGGCAGUGGACCAGAGCCAAACAUCGUGCCAGAACACGACAAGUUCGACCUGAAGACCUGGUGGGUGUCGAAUUUCAUGCUUUUGUGUCUUAUAGCCAGCAUGAUGCCCACUGGGUGCAAAACUCCCUCCUUCCUAACCUUGAAGGUCCUGCAGGAGGGCUCCGAAUUUGCCAUCAUGAGAAAAACUUUGUACCAGGAAAGUCAAUUAUUGAGAACAUCAUCAGCUGUGUGGAGAAAAGCCGACGCUCUGUGUUUGUGCUCUCUGCUCACUUUGUCAAGAGUGAAUGGUGUCACUAUGAGCUGUACUUCGCCACCCACCAACGCCUUUCUCGGGGAUCGGACAGUAUUGUGCUGGUGCUGCUAGAGCCUCUGCCUCAAUAUACAAUCCCAUCCAAUUACUAUCAGCUUAAAUCCAUGAUGAGCCGGCACACCUAUCUGGAGUGGCCACAGGACAGGGCCAAGCACAGGCUGUUCUGGGCUAACCUCAGAGCUGCCUUACAGGCAAAUCUGCCAAAUGCACCAGUCGUAGAAAUAGAGGAGUGACUGCAAAAGCGAGGCUUAAAGAGGAAAAGGAACUGGAAAGAGGAAGUGUGAAUCCGACAGGGAAAUGUUGCAAGAGGGAACAUAGAAGUAAAAACGUUUUCAACGUUUUCUACUAUUCUUUCUUUAACACAUGAGC